AUGGUUCCCCAAAUCAAGCAGGACCCAGACGCUCAGACGGCGCCAUACAUCAAACCCGACCCCGAGAGCAAAGACACCGUCCUCGCCGACAUCGACGACGAGGAUCUGUACGAAGAUGCCGGCGACCUAGAUUUCUCGCAGGCGCAGCGGAGCGUGUGGCUCUCGCGCCUGCCCCGGUCGCUAUGGGAGCAUUGGUCGAACAUCACCAACCACCUGGACGACGACGAGGAGGUUCAGAUCGGAACGAUGAGAGUGGAAGGGACACCGAAAGAUAUCAAACGAGUCAGCUUGCGCAUCCCCGAGCGAGACGAUAACCGCGAAAUCCCCAAAGACUAUAUCCUGCAGCGACAGACGAUAAACACGGAAGCCACGUCGCACUCGACGCAAAACACCUACCUCUUUACGGAACGGGAAAUUCCCGGCCAGGAAAAUCGCAUGGUCGUCUUUGGCGAGGCUCGUUCCGCGCUGUACGAAUCGAUGAAGCGUGAGAUGAAGAAGAAGGAGCGCAAGAAGAAGUGGGAGCCCUACGUGCGCAAGACUGUGCCUAAACAAACGGCGCUGGUUGGCAGUAUUGGGGAGGAGUUUAACUGCUUGCCGGUUGAGAAUGAGGAAUUCAGGAUGUUGUCGGAAAAGAAGGCAAUGGAGGCGCUGAAACCCAAGCGUGAGACCGUCUUCAUCGAUAAGAUCCCCGGCAAACUGCUCCAGUCGCGGAAUGCGCUGCCGAGCGACAAGGGUGCCUUUGUGCAAGCUACCAAGCCUGCCAAGCUCAAGGCCCAGGAGAACAAAACCACGCGUAUGCCGCAGAACGAGCUGCUGGAUCUCAUCUACCAGGCCUUCCGCGAGUACAAGUACUGGCCUUUUAAGACGCUCAAGGCCCGGCUACGACAGCCUGAGGCAUAUCUCAAGCAGACUCUGGAGCUGGUGGCUCAUUUGGUCAAGUCGGGAGACUUCGCAAUGACCUGGGAGCUCAAGCCGGAAUUCAAGGAGAGCAACUAUGCGACCGCGAUGGCCUAUGGCAAUGCCAAGGAGGAGCUUCCUCCUGGUCUCGACUAUAACUUUGAUGAAGCCUCGGAGGAUGACCCGAUGGCGUCGGGAAUGGUGACUGAUAAUGAUGAUGCACAGUUUGAGAAUGUUGUCUAA